GAUAACAAAGGAUGCAUUGUGCCCAAGCCCUUCUCUUCGGAAAAAGAGGCUGUCAAGAAAAAUCAGUUUUUUUUUUGCCCGAACAGGUGUUCAGUUCUGAAAGAAAUCAGUGGCCUUUUCUUCUCUGGUUGCCCGGCAUACUCUCCACUCUCUCUCUCUCUCUCGACUCUCGUCGUUCUCCCGUGUCCGCCGGGCGCUGUCUGUCUCUGGUGGCGACGACUGGGCGGCCACUGCCGCCGCCGCCCUACGCCAGGUUCCCAGCCCUCCAUCUUCCGUACCUUCGCCGGCGACGAGCAGCCGCCAGCAGGAGGGCCUCGCCACCGGUUGGGAGGGAGGCGGAGAUGAGCCGGGGGCGGUCGCCGGAGCCGCUGGAUUUCUUCAUCUGGACUGUGGAGGAUGUAGGGUUAUGGUUGGAGGAAAUAAAUCUUGGAAGCUAUCGACAGGCUUUUGAAGAGAAUGGCGUCAAUGGAGAGUAUCUAGAAAGCCUGUCGAUGUUCACUACUGAACAGAUUCUUCGAUUUAUAAGACGGUGUCAUAUGAAACGGGGAGAUUUUAUCACCCUCUGUAAAGAGUUGAGACGCAUCAAAGGUUUGGUUUACCAAGGCUUUGAUUCACUCAUGGGGACCUCGUCAGGCGCGGACUUCCACAACCACCAGCAGCAGCAGCCCACCCAACAGGGGUUGCCGCCGCCGCCGCCGCGCCCCAACGGCCGAGCACCGACGCUGCAGACAUCUCUCUCCCUGGCUCGCGCCGCCUCGCCAGAGCAGGUCGGCUCGCCUCCGGAUAUGCAGGAGCCGCUGUCCAACUCCGACGGUGGGCACGACUCCGCCACUGAGAGCGCCAGCUCGCGCGAGACAUGGCCAAGGGAGCCUGGCAAGAGUGGCGGUGCCGGUGGUCCUCCUGUGGCGGCAGCACCGAUAACGGCGCUGAGGAUAGCUGAUAGCAAGGAGAAGGAGGUGGUUGGUAAUGGCGUCGCUGAGAUGCAGGCCAUCUGGAGUAGGAUGCCGAGUGCCAGUCGGAUGACUAUCAGGGAGGUCGCUCGAGAACGGGUGGACCUUGUUGCUGAGAAGAUGAAGGGUAUGAGUGACGAGCUGCUGGACGAGACCAAGACCGAGCUGCGGUCGAUUCUGGAAGGGAGUGGUGGUCCGCACCAGAUUCAGGAGUUCAUGUACCUGCAGAAGCUUGUUCAGGGCAGGGUUGAUCUCACCCUGCCCGUCCUUUUGAUGGCUCACCACGUGCAGCUGGAGAUCCUGGUUGCCAUCAAGACUGGGAUACAGGCGUUCUUGCAUCCGAGCGUCGACAUACCCCAGAGCUGCCUCGCUGAGAUUUUCCUGUACAAGAGGUGCCGCAACAUUGCCUGCCAGAGUGCUGUGCCCGCUGAGGAGUGCAAGUGCAACAUAUGCAGCAACAGGAAUGGGUUUUGUAAUCUCUGCAUGUGCGUGAUCUGCAAUAAGUUUGAUUUUGAGGUCAAUACGUGCCGCUGGGUUGGGUGUGAUAUCUGCUCACACUGGACUCACACGGACUGUGCAAUUCGUGAUGGACAGAUUGGGACUGGGCAGACGAUUAAGAAUGGCAUUGGCCAUGCCGAGAUGCUUUUCCGGUGCCAGGCCUGCCAGAGGACAUCUGAACUGUUUGGAUGGGUUAGGGAUGUCUUUCAGCAAUGUGCACCUGGUUGGGAUAGGGAUGCCUUGCUGCGCGAGCUCGACUAUGUUUGCAAGAUAUUCCGUCUAAGUGAGGACUCAAAGGGGAGGAAAUUAUUCAGAAAAUGUGCUGAAGUAGUUGAAAGAUUGAGGAGUGGUUCUGCUGAAUCAACGACUCCUAGAAUUCUGCUACAAGCACUGCAAGAGCUGGAUAUUGAUACCUCCAAGAGCUUUGAGAACGAAGAGCCAGGGCGCCUGAUCACUCCCCAAGAGGCCUGCAACCGGAUCGCCGAGGUGGUCCAAGAAGCCGUCAGAAAGAUGGAGAUUGUAGCAGAGGAGAAACUGCGACUGUACAAAUGCGCCCACCUCGCGGUGGAAGCCUGCGAACGUGAGCUGGAGGAGAAGGCGCGGGAGGCGCAGGAGCUGAAGGUGGAGCGGCUACGGAAGCUGCAGCAGGCGGAGGAGCUGGAGAGCAUCAUCCGUCUGAAGCAGGCGGAGGCGGAGAUGUUCCAGCUGAAGGCGAGCGAGGCCCAGGAGGAGGCCGAGCGGCUGCGGAGCAUCGCGUUGGCCAAGAAGAAGUCGGAGGAGGCCGGGCAGGACCUCGCGAGCUUGUACCUCAAGCGCCGCCUCGAGGAGGCCGAGGCUGAGAAGCAGUUCAUCUUCGAGAAGAUCAAGCUGCAGGAGAACAACCAGCGCGCGCCGCCGCAGGUCGCGAGCAGCAGCGGUGGCGGUGGUGGUGUUGGGAUGAGGGGUGGGAGCUCUGGUGGCGAACCCUCGCAGGUGAUGAUGCUGUCCAAGAUCCAGGACCUGCUGAAGAACGUCCGCAGCAUGCCGUCGGCAAAGCCGGACGGGCCACGCUCCAAGUAGCCGUGACGUGGGCUGGGCGCGGGCAUUUGCCCCUCCAUCGAUCUGAUGAUUGUUUGUUGGUAGACGUGGUUGUUUAACUACUGGAGUAGUGGUAACUUUAUAUGAUGGAUGUAUACUGCAUUUCUUUUUUUUUUAAAAAAAAUGACUGUAGGAGCGCAGCAUUGUUUAGUAGUGAUUUGGUUCACUGAUUAUGUGAUGUUGUAUGACAAUUGUAUCCUGGUAAUUAGAGUGUAACCAAUAGCGUAGCUAUACAGUUGAACUGUUCGUUUUUUUUUUAAUAUCUGCAGAAGUGUUGCAGUA